GAUUAACUUGGUCUCAUUUAAGAUGGCCGCCUAGUGUUCUGGAGUAACGCGGUUAUUACAUGUCAACAUGUCACUUCUUAGAGUUUGUGCCUUCGCCAAAUGCCUCACUCGUCGCAGUUUACUUGAAAGGUGUGCCCUUCGCGUGUCUUCCGCGGACGGCUGUCAGCUGUGUGUGUCUGUGAGAAACGGCGCAGUGAGACGAAUAUCAGAGUCACCUUUGCAGUUUCAAAGAAGAAAUGUUUCAUUUGUAAUCCCAAAGAAAGAAGACUCAAAGAAACGUGUAUUGGAACAGUCUCAGCUGUUAGACGUGCUUGAGGCCAGGAUUCAACAGCUCCAAUCUGACAUCGUUCUAGAUGUCCAACAUUCAACGGUGCAGUGUAUUAAGGCUCCCUCGUAUGGAAGAGGUGUUUCUUCUGACAGAGGUCCCAAAACCACACCGGGAGGAGAAAAACAUCAGGAGAAAGCUGACAUUCCUAAAUCUGGACAGACUGUCGUCUAUAAGACCCAGCUCAGCCGCUGGAUGGAAAAAUUAUCUCUGGAAAAGAAAAACAAACUUAAGAAACAGCAGCACCUCGAGCAGAGGACAAAUGUUAAAAAAGAACUAACAGCAAAAUCUAAAAUUACAAAAAUCAGCUUAGCGUCCACUGGUACUACGCACAAAACUAUAUCUACUGCAGCUAAAAAGAGCCGGGGGCACGUGAAAUCAUCAGAUGAGAUUAGCACGAAAAUUUCUUCAACCGCUACAGCAACGGCUGCUACUGCUGCAGCCAGCACCACCAACAUACCACAUAAAAUAUCUAAACUAAAACACUCUAAAAAUAAAAGUAAGGUUCUUGGUAAAGAGGGUCCAGAAAAGGCUGGUACUGAGGCACAGGGAAGGGAUGAGGAGCUGGCUGAGGUAGAAGACGUGGAGAGGAGCCUCGUUCAACAAGGAAGCCACAUACAGAGUAUCCAAGAGAGCCCGCAGAUGGACAAGAACGAAAUUGAAUGUGGGGGCAUCCAGCUCAGCAUCCGCUCUUACCUGGAGGCCUGUGUGUUUGCAGGGGACAUUCAGCGAGCACACAAUUUCCUGCUCGGUCAGCACAGAGUUCUGCGUCGGCGCAAACAACUAAAUCCGGGAGUUUACAACAUCCUGAUGAGAGUGUGGGCCAAGAAGGGCGCAUUAAACCAGAUCGGACGCAUCUUUAUUCUGUUAGAGGAAGCUGGUCUGAAGCCAAACUUGGGAUCCUACGCUUGUGCUCUGGAAUGUAUGGGUCGCAAUCCAGACUGCUCCCCAAAAAUCAUUUCGAGGUGCCUGAGCCAGAUGACGAAAGACGGCCUGUCUAUAGAUGAUCUGUUCAGCCAGUGUGUGUUCCGGGAAGAUGAGAGGGACAUGCUUCUGAGGGCCAUACGCAUCGUAAACCCCGACUACCAGCCCAGCAUUCAUGCACCAACAAACCAGUAUCCAUCGCUGGUUCAAGACUUCUACACGCAGAGGAUAAAUCACACGUACCCCAAACUAGACUUCACUCGGGAGGAGCUCCACGAGCGUUUUAAACGUCAGCUCAGCAUGGAGCAGGCCUGCACUGUCUCCAUCGACUCUGUGGAAACUGCAAGGCACGUUACUGAAGAAAUGUCCAAAAAGAGGAAGCUACUGGCAGAGCAGCGGACACAAUGGCAGAAGGUCCUGUUUCAGGCUCUGAGGGAGAGCAAGGCAAUCCUGGCCAGCACAAACACCAGGGACUACAAACUUAACCUUUAUCCGUAUCUCUGUGUGCUCCAGGAUAGGGAGUAUGUGGACAUCAUGUUACAGAGUGUCGCCAACAUGCCCACUAGUGGAGAGUCGCUGAAGAUUUUGGCCAAAGAGCUGGGACACAGAGUCUUUACCAAGUACUGUGUGCAACAGAAGCUCAGGAAUCAGAUGGUGGAAAAGUUGGGCAACAUUUAUAACACAUAUGCAGAAUCGCUGGCCAAAGAUAACAAGGUGUAUGAUGUCCUACCUAGAGAAGAAUGGUGUAAGAUAGAGAUGGAGCACAAUGCAGGACCCACGCUACAAGGGGAUGAGACGAGCUGGCCAUACAUGCUGGUUCUGGAGCUGGGCACUUACUUGGUGGAUAUGAUGGUUAAGAACCUCAAAGUUAAUAGCGACAUCCUGAACCCUGCGGCCAACAGGAAGCUCAUCCCGAUCCUUUACCACAUGUACACCUUUCGCAGCACCCGGCAGAUUGGUUUCAUCAAGCCCCACCCUAUCCUGAUUCAGAUGCAGCAGGAAGCCAUGGAGACCAAGUUGACCUUUGACUCCUAUGUGAUCCCGAUGCUGUGCCCCCCUGUGCCCUGGACUUCAGUCAAGUUCGGAUCCUACCUGCUCACACCGAGCAAGCUGAUGCGCACAAUAGAUGGGGCCACCCAACAUGACGAGUUGUUGGAGAAAUCUCAGAGCCUUCACGCAGUCUUCGACUCACUUAACCAGCUGGGCAACUGUGCUUGGAGGAUCAACAAGCCUCUGUUGGAUAUUAUCAUCUCCAUCUUCAACGACCGUGGCAGCGAUAAGCUGGACAUCCCUCCUCCUCUGUCGGAGGCUCCAAAAGUACCCUACCUCAACCCUCACGAUACCAGUUACACAGCCAGUGAGAAGGCACACAUAAAGAGAGAGGCGAUGAACGCGAAGAAAAAAGGCGGUGAGAUGCACAGCCUGCGUAUGGAUGCUCUCUAUAAACUGUCCAUCGCCAACCACAUGCGGGAUGAGAUCUUCUGGUUCCCUCACAACAUGGACUUCAGGGGACGUACAUACCCCUGCCCUCCUCACUUUAACCACCUUGGAAGUGAUGUAACGCGAUCGAUCCUUAUGUUUGCAGAGGGGAAGCCUCUUGGUCCCAAGGGCCUGGACUGGCUUAAGAUCCACUUAGUCAACCUGACAGGGUUAAAGAAGAGGAGCUCACUACAGGGACGAUUGGAGUUUGCCAACAGUAUCAUGGACGUCAUACUGGAUUCUGCUGACAACCCUCUAAACGGUAAGAAGUGGUGGAUGGAUGCAGAUGAGCCUUGGCAGGCUUUGGCUUGUUGCAUGGAGAUAGCCAAGGCCGUGAGGUCGCCUGAUCCAACGCAGUUCAUCUCUCAUUUUCCUGUUCACCAGGAUGGCUCCUGUAAUGGUCUCCAGCACUAUGCAGCUCUAGGCAGAGAUGUUAUUGGUGCCAGAUCAGUCAACCUCAUGCCCUAUGACAUGCCCCAGGAUGUGUACAGUGGAGUGGCGCAGCAGGUGGAGGAGUUCCGAGCUCGCGAUGCAGCGAACGGCUUAAAGAUCGCCCAGGUGCUGGAGGGCUUCAUCAGCAGGAAGGUGGUCAAACAAACAGUGAUGACUGUGGUGUACGGGGUCACGCGAUACGGAGGACGCCUGCAGAUAGCAAAAAGACUGAAGGAGAUUGAUGAGUUCCCCCAGGAGUUUAUAUGGGAAGCAUCCAACUAUCUGGUACGCCAGGUGUUCAGUGGCUUGAAGGAGAUGUUUACAGGAACCAGAGAGAUCCAGGAUUGGCUGACGGAGAGCGCCAGGCUCAUCUCCAAGUCUGGCCACACCGUGGAGUGGGUGACACCCCUGGGUUUACCCAUCAUUCAGCCGUACCACCGUGCACGCAACCAAGUGAUGAAGAGCACCAUGCAACACAUAAACGUCAAGGUCAGCCACGACAUCAAAGAGAGGCCAGACACGGUUAAACAGAAGAACGCCUUCCCUCCAAACUUCAUCCACUCUCUGGACUCCACACACAUGAUGCUGACUGCUCUGCACUGCUACAGCGCCGGGCUGACAUUCGUCUCAGUUCACGACUGUUUCUGGACACACGCCCUCACCGUGGACACCAUGAACAAGGUCUGCCGGGAACAGUUCGUCGCCCUGCACAGUCAGCCAAUCCUUGAAGAGUUGUCCAACUUCUUGCUGCAGAAAUACUGCACCAGAGUCAUGACUGAAGCCAAGAACAAGAAGUACCAGGAGUACAGGAGGUUGUUGUUGCUGCUGGCCAAAGUGCCACAGACAGGUGAUUUUGAUCUCCAGCAGGUGAAAAAAUCCACUUAUUUCUUCAGCUGAGAGGCUUGUGGGGGCGAGCCGGCCGAAAGAGAUGAGUGGAAUUGACAGAGUGCAGCGGGGAGGCAGCAGGCCCCAGGAUCCCAACCGGCUUUGUCUCCCACGGACAUGAGGACAUUGAUCCAAACGCGCCUUGCCUGCCCUCCUGGUCCACGGACCGGCUGGAGCUGCUGGAGGCGUUCACACGCAGUGAACUCGCCUGAUUAACUGACUAGUAGACUGAUGGAAAGGAGGGAGGGGAAGUUGUCCAGGCGAAAAAUGAGGGAAUCACCACUGGAUGGGAACGCUCAGACUUCAAUCACAGGAAAAUACCUCUUAUAGUGAAUGUAAAGGUGUGUGUGAGUGUGUGUGUUCAUCACUCAGAAACACUUUCGGGGUCGGACUAUAAUGUCUACUAAUAUUUGGUGGUGUAUGUGUGUGCGCAGUAUCAUGGACCUCCACAGAGCUGACUCUGCUACCGUCAUCACAACAGAAUGACAGGACGCUCUCUGACCGCGUUCAAACAUUUCAACUUUUUUCUAAAGAACUUUAAUGAAGAGACGUUUUUAGAGAAAAUUAACGAUGUUUAUUUAUUUCGAAAAGUGGGUUCAGGACUCUGAGGGAAAAUGAGCGCAGUGAAAAGUGGAAAAGUCUCUGAGAGAGCGUCGUGACCCAGGGUGCUCUUGAUUGUUAAUUUCUUGGAAUAACUACGCACUUGACCUGUAAUAAAUGUGUUUCUUAAAA